AUGGCGAUCCGCGCAGUAAGGUUUCCUUUCUUAUCCGUUUACACGCUGUGGUGCUUACUGGCAAGAGCGAAAGCACUAAGUUUACCGACUGGGAUCAAGACGGUCUCACGAAAGGAGUUUUUCCAAUUGCCGUUUGUGGCGUCCAUUGCAGGAGCAACCGUCUUCUUGGGAGCGUCUCCAGCCGCUGAUGCAGUGGAAAUAGAAGGAAAGUUGGGAUUUACGGAUGCGCAAGUUAAGGAAAUUGUGAAAUCUGAUGUGCUAGAUCGCAAGUUUCUUGCAACUGGUGACUUAACACGGUCGAUCUAUCGACCGACAGCAACGUUUACCGACGAGAUUGAUACGUACAAGCUCGAUCAAUGGAUGAAGGGGACGCAGCGCCUUUUCGUGGGAGACAAAUGCACCGUUCGUCUUGUAGGUGACGUCGACGUAACUCCGGAGAAGAUUGAAUUCCGUUUUGAUGAAGAUCUCAUGUUCCGCAUACCAUUUACACCAGUUGUGUCACUCACUGGUUCAAUCGUUCUUAGUCGAGACGAAGCAGGAUAUAUCACAUCGUACAAGGAAAAUUGGGAUCAAGACGUAUGGUCUGUGAUCAAGACAGCCAAGUUUUAG